ACAAUGUUUUUGUGAUGAUAUUCGCCCGAAGUUUCUGUUAGUGUUUUCAUUUAAAUUGAAAAAAUAGAGUUUUAAAAAAUACAUUUCUUUACUUCCUUGAUUGAAUUGCUGCAUUAAUAUAUAUAUUAAAGACGUUAGAGGAAGCUGGGGAACAUGUUGCGUACAAAAAUACACAUAGCACUAAGUGCACUCGGUGCAACAUUGGGUGUCUCGGCAUUUAUAUGUUUUUGCAUUGUUUACGCAAAUAUCGAAGCUGGUAUGUGGGCGUUAUUGUCCGGUAUACACGCCGGAUUAACUCUUAUGCUUCACUGCCACUACUUGAAAGAGUCGCUGCAUGUGAACUUUUCUAGAAAGGCCCUUCAGUACCUCGGAGACUUUGGCAUGGUCGGCUUUGUUGCUGGCACAGCCCUGACAUUAUUCUAUUUAUUUUUGGAAAUAUAUUACAAAGCUGAUAUUACACCAAUACAGAGUAGCAUAAUUAUCCGAAUGAUAUGGUCAUUUAUGAUGCUGAAAUGGGGUCUCUUGCUGUAUAUAUUCACCAAGAAAUACCUGCGCACCUACAAUGAUCACCAGCUGUUCACUGAAAACCCUAACAUUGAGGAAACAUAAGAUAUAGGUAUUUUUAUAUUCCCUAUAAACCAUAUUAAUAAACUUGGAAUAAAAGGUGAUCAACCAUUUUUCAUACAUGCAGGGCCCAGAUAAUUUAUUAUUAUUAUAAAUAAAGGAUAUUCGUCAUUUUUUUUGUAAGAUGCUACGCUCUAAAUGGUCGAUCUCCUAUAAGUAUCGAUUUACGCCAAAACAAAAUGGACUUUGAAUUGAUGCUUAUAAUUCGUGUUUAUUAAUAUAUGGGUAAGUAAAAUUGUAAAUACCGUUAGUUUAUAAUCUAUCUCGCGAGAUUGUAAAAUGUUGGUAGAUUGUGAACAGCAACAUACUGCUUACAAUUUAACGUGUUAUUAUUUGGUAUAUAUUGUAAGGAUUUUCUUUUUUUUUUAUUUGUACGUUCACUAAUAAAAAAAUAUCUAAUUUAACCUAAACAUUGGUUUCUGAGACUCUCAAGUUCCAGUACUUAGGAGUAUGGACUUCACAAUUUAUCGACAGUUUAAAAUCUCGCGAGAUAGAUUACAAACUAACGGUAGGUAUUUACAAUUUUACGAUGACAUAUACUUACAUAUAAUAUUAUACAUAGAACCUAUUGACAGUGGCGUAGCCUGGAAUAAGACGUAGGCGAAGCUUGUGACGCAGUUGGUACUGUGGUUUCGAUUGUGAGGUGUUUCAUUGCCAGCUGGAGCUAAUUUACGAUUUUUUUUUUGCUCAAGUCUGGUCUGUUAGGAGGCUAGUUUUAACUAAAAUAUCAAAGUUACCGAUUUUGUAAGACUUUAUUUAUAGUUUUGUUUAAGAAACGUGAGAGUUUACUUCUAUAAAUACCUCACAAGGCCCCUAUUAGUAGAGUUAAUAUAUGAUGAAGGCUCGCCUCGCUCAGUGAUAAAAAUUACACAGUCACAAAUUUUUAAUACUAUAGUUUUGUUUGAUUAUAUUUUUUGAAGGUUUCAAAACCUCCCCUUUUGAUGCGAGGCGGUCGGUAAAGGUUCGCUUUGCCCACGCCUAGCUACGCUACUGUCUUUUGAGAGUGACUUCUUUAUAUAAUAAAGUAGCGAACAUCGUCCUUGUGAAAUUUAGUUAUUCACUAAUUUCGGGCCCAUAUUAAUCCAGGAAAUAUUUUAUCUUUGUUCUAAAUUUCAACCAAAUCGUUUUUGUAAUUUCGGAGUAAAGGUGUAACAUACACACACACUUUUAUACAUAUUUAGGUACCAAAAAACUUUAUUAAUCGGUUAUUGCAAACACUAAUAUUGGCGCCAUAAUGAUCUUAUUGCUAUUUGAAUAUUUCUGUUACUGUUUUCAAAACCUGUCCGCCUUUAAGAGUUG